AUGAAUAAUGAGUACGGCGAUGACGACGGCUCUGAUAAAUUAAAUGCGCGCAAAGGGAAGUCUGUGGAUCUGAUCGAGGUGGACGGUAAGCAGGUUAGCAAGACGUCCACGGGGAAACGGAAGUUUCACAAAAAAUCUAAGAAUGGCUGUGACAACUGCAAACGACGUCGAGUGAAAUGCGAUGAGGGCAAGCCUGCCUGUCAGAAGUGCCUGUCGAUGAACUUGGAGUGCGUAUAUACCCCAGUCGUGGCGCGUAAGCGUAAGAACAAUGGAGCCACGAACUAUCGAUCAAUCAAGAACGAGGAAGAGUCGGAAGAUGUCGAAAAUUCUAUCGAAUCAGAGGCUACAGACAAUUUAGGGCCCUUCCCUGGGCUGAAGAAAAACGAAGGCUAUGGCAACAGCGCCAUGGCCGAAGCUCAAAAAUCUGCACAAUUGCUCACACCGGUUGCUGGACAACCUGGUUCACCAGAAAGUCUGCUUCUACCGCCUUUAUUCCCUGGAGCCAACAUGCAACUUCAGCAACAAAUACAGCAGCAACCUCAACUGCUACCACAGCUAAUGACAUUGAGCAACUCAGAAAAGUGCGCCGGAUUUGAUUUUCCAAACAGUCCUCCGUUUCAGUCAACUUCCAUGAACUUGACAAACAGCAUAGGAAGUUUCUUUGCUGCCAAUAAGCUCCCCUCUAACCUACUCCAUAAUGUUAUAAACCAGCAACAGUUACAGCAACAACGUUUCUCUUCGCCUGAAAAACAGCAACCCCAAAACUUACAAGCAUCACCUUUGAGCUCGAUACUACAAUCGCAGGAAAUGGUACAAACUUUGAGUAAAGCAGGUCUCAGUUUUAAACAAAUGGCAAUGUUUUCUACAGCCGGCAUUGGUGGCGUUACAUAUGAUAUCCAAGAGAUGCUGGGCAUGAAGGCUAACGCGACCGGGGAAAAUGGAGAGAAAAACUCAAGUACAACAGCUGAGGAAAUUUUGGCUACAAUUCAACGCCAGCAUCAAAAUACGCAAUCAAAUUCAAAUCCUAAAGUAGCAGAUGAUCAAGAGGACGGCAGGCGUUCCAGAAAUACCACUAAUCUGGAUCCUGGCGAUCCUUCCAACUUCGUCAACAACCCAACAAUAUCUCCUGCAGCCCCCAUGUCACCUAUGGGCAAAGCCACCGGAUCUCCUUCAGCAUCGAAUCGAGACCAGCUUUUCAAUCACAAGCUUUCUUCGGAUCAGGAUGCGAGCUUAUCCGGCAAAACCAUGAACAAAUCUGUGACACAGGAGUCUGAUUCCACAGAUGAUACUCAUACUGGAACUAUCGGAAGGUUAGUUCAGCUGUCUAGCCAGGGAACUUUGAAUUUAGUAGACUUGAAAUUAUUCCAUCAUUACUGCACCGAAACAUGGCCGACUAUCACGUCCGCUGGCAUCAGCGGUAGGCGCAUUUGGAGCGAUGAAAUUCCGAAGCUGGCUUUUGAUUAUCCGUUCUUAAUGCAUGCGUUGCUGGCAUUCAGUGCUACGCAUUUGUCGCGCACGGAACCCGGCCUGGAGCAGCACGUUGCGGCACACAGACUCGAUGCAUUGAAGCUUCUUCGCAAAGCUGUGCUUGAGAUUUCGGAGGACAACACUGACGCCUUGGUAGCAAGUGCGCUCAUCCUCAUUAUGGACUCCUUGGCUAAUGCCUCUACGGCAAACACAUCUGCAUCAGACUCAUUGACAGCUUCCAUGUCUCCUUCUGCAUGGAUUUUCCAUGUCAAAGGAGCGGCCACUAUUCUGACUGCCGUCUGGCCCUUGACUGAAAAGUCCCGUUUCCAUAACCUGAUCUCUGUCGAUUUAAGUGAUUUAGGAGACAUCAUAAACCAGGAUAGUGGCACAGUUUCAGAGCUUGUUUGCUUUGACGAAAGCAUAUCUGAUCUAUACCCUGUAGAGAUCGACUCUCCAUACCUGAUAACGUUGGCCUACCUCGAUAAACUGCACCGUGAGAAGAGCCAGUCAGAUUUCAUUUUAAGAGUAUUUGCAUUUCCCGCUCUUUUGGAUAAGACAUUUUUAGCUCUUCUCAUGACCGGUGAUAUGGCGGCCAUGCGUAUCAUGCGAUGUUACUACCAGCUACUUCGGGGCUUCGCUACUGAAGUAAAGGACAAGGUAUGGUUUUUGGACGGAGUUACUAAAGUUUUACCCCAAGACGUUGACGACUAUACUGGGGGAGGUAUGCAUAUGAUGUUGGAUUUUCUCGGAGGUGGCCUACCAUCCAUGACUACGACGAAUCUUCAGCCUGGUCUAACAGACUUCAUGUAG